AUGGCAACGGAUCAGAAUAUUCCCCUCAUCACGCAGACGGAGACCGGACUCCCCCCCAACUGGGAGGUGCGCCACAGCAACAGCAAGAACCUGCCCUACUACUUCAACGCCGUCGAGAAGAACUCGCGCUGGGAGCCCCCACCGGGAACCGACACCGAGAAGCUCAAGGUCUACAUGGCCAAGUACCACUCCGGCAGCGGCAGCGUCGCCGGCGAGGCCGGCCAGCCCGGCAAGAUCCGCGCCGCCCACCUGCUCGUCAAGCACAACGGCAGCCGGCGGCCCAUGAGCUGGAGAGAGGCCGAGAUCACACGGAGCAAGGAGGAGGCGCGAGAGAUCCUCAAGGGGUACGAGGAGCGCAUCAAGAAGGGCGAGAUCAGCCUCGGGGAGCUGGCCCAGACCGAGUCCGACUGCAGCAGCGCCCGCAAGCGAGGCGACCUGGGCUACUUUGGGAAGGGUGACAUGCAGAAGGAGUUCGAGGAGGCUGCUUUUGCGCUCAAGCCUGGAGAGAUCAGUGGUAUCGUCGACACGGCGAGCGGCCUGCAUCUUAUUGAGAGGUUUGUCUUUGUCAAUUUUGCACCCUCGGCGAGAUUGGAUAGUUGA